ACAAGGACACGCUGAAAGGGGUUGACGCAAGCAACGCGCUCGUUCUGCCGGGGAAGAAGAAAAAGAAGACCAAAGCCCCUCCCCUGUCGAAGAAGGAGAAGAAGCCUCUGACCAAGAAAGAGAGGAAAGCGCUGCAGAAAAUCCUAGAACAGAAGGAGAAGAAGAGCCAGCGAGCAGAGAUGCUACAGAAAUUGAGUGAAGUCCAGGUUUCGGACACCGAGAUGAGACUCUUUUAUACCACGUCCAAGCUGGGCACUGGGAACCGCAUGUACCACAUCAAAAAGAAGCCUGAGGAGCUCCCAGCCCAGGGCCCAGAAAGGUUCAGCAGCCUCAGUGGGGCCCACCGGAAGCGUCGCCGCUUGUCUUCAGCAGAGGAGUCCGAAUCCUCAGAGGAGUCUGAGCCAGAUGACGCCCCAGCCGUGGAGCAGGCAGAGGCUGAGGCAGGGACAACAGCAGCGCACCUGCCGCCAGCUCCCCUGCAGGCCAGGGACGAGAGCCCAGCACCCAGCACUCAGCCCCCGCCAGCUAGGACUCCCGCUUGCCCGGCAGCAGCCUCCGCCCUGACCAGGCCCCCGGUGAAGCCCGCUGUGUUCAUCCCCGUGAACCGCUCGCCGGAAAUGCAG